AUGGGCUGCAGUUUGUGCACUUUGCAGAAGAGAGAGGAGCACUACAAACUGCUGUAUGAAGUUUCCCAGGUCAACGGGAAGGAUCUGUCCAGGGCCACCCAUGAGGAGGCGGUGGAGGCUUUCCGCAACGCCAAGGAGCCCAUCGUGGUGCAGGUGCUGCGACGUACGCCCCUCAACAGGCCGGCCUGGGCGGCGGGCCCCGACGUGCGGCUCGUGCAUGCCAGCACCCAGACGGACAUCACCUUCGAACACAUCAUGGCCCUGGCCAAGCUCCGGCCGCCCACGCCCCCAGUGCCGGACAUCUGCCCCUUCCUGCUGUCGGACAGCUGCCACUCUCUGCACCCGCUGGAGCACGGCUGCUGUGAGGACCACGAGGACCUGUCCAGCCUGCCCGCCGAUGCCGACCGCACGGAGGACUUCGAGUACGAGGAGGUGGAGUUGUGUCGCGUUAGCAGUCAGGAGAAGCUGGGCCUGACACUCUGCUACCGCACGGAUGAUGAAGACGACACGGGCAUUUAUGUGAGCGAGGUGGACCCCAACAGCAUCGCAGCCAGGGACGGCCGGAUCCGAGAAGGCGACCGCAUUCUGCAGAUAAAUGGGGAGGAUGUGCAGGAUCGAGAGGAGGCCGUGGCGCUGCUGUCGAGUGACGCGUGUAAGACCAUCCUGCUGCUCGUGGCGAGGCCAGACUCCCAGCUGGAUGAAGGCUGGCUGGAAGAUGAAAGGCACGGAUUCUUAGAGGAGUUAAACUUGGAGCCGUUGGAAGAACAGCAUAAUGAAGCGACGCAGCACACCGCCAACGAGGCAGAGCAGCCAAAGAAGCAGGAGGAGGAGGAAGGCACGACGGACACGGCCACGUCCUCGUCCAACCCCCACGAGAAGGACAGCGGCGUGGGUCGCACGGACGAGAGCUUGCGCAACGACGAGAGCUCGGAGCAGGAGAACGCGGCCCUGGCGGGCAAGAGGGAGCUGGGGCAGAGCCAGGACACGCUGCGGAGCGUGGAGCUGCAGUUCCACGAGAGCCUCGUGUCCGCGGACUGCGGGGACUCGGACGGCGGCGGCCGCCACCCGGCGCAUGAGGACUGUGAGCGAUUCCGGCAGCUCCUGCAGCUGCAGUGCAAGGUGCGCACGCACGGGCAGUACGACCUCUACUACUCCAGCCGCCGGCUGGCGUGCGACCCGGAGGAGGAGGGCGUGGAGCACGAGCUGCAGCUGCUCAACGAGGAGCUGAGGAACAUCGAGCUGGAGUGCCAGAGCAUCAUGCAGGCGCACCGGCUGCGGAGAGCCGCGGGCCAGCACGCAGACGCGUGGGCGCUGCACGGCCACCCCACCGGCGCGGACCUGCCGAGGGCCAAGCUGGACGACAUCCUAGAGCACCCGGAGAAGUCGGACAAGGACAGCUCCAGCGCCUACAACACGGCCGAGAGCUGCAGGAGCACGCCCCUGACCGUGGACCGCUCCCCGGACAGCUCGCUGCCGAGAGUGAGCCACCUGACCGACACCAAGAACCUGUGCAGCCAAGAGGCCACGUGCGGCAGAGCCAGAGCCGCCGAGCGAGGCGGGGAAGGCCAGGAGAAGGUUCUGGGCAGCGGCAGGCCAGCAGGCCAGGGCGAGGAGCGGCCGGCGUGCGAGCACGUCCCGUACCUGUCCCCAUCCCGCGGCUCGGCCUCCAGGGCCGCACACAUCCCAGCGCACGCCCAGCACUACCAGAGCUACAUGCAGCUGAUCCAGCAGAGGUCCGCGGUGGAGUGCGCCCAGAGCCAGCUCAGCCUGGCGGGCUCGUGCCGGGAGCCGCCGAGGGCCGGCGAGCCCAGGAUGGAGUGGAAGGUGAAGAUCCGGAGCGACGGCACGCGCUACAUCACCAAGCGGCCCGUGCGCGACCGCAUCCUGCGGGAGCGCGCGCUGAAGAUCAAGGAGGAGCGCAGCGGCAUGACCACAGACGACGACACCAUGAGCGAGAUGAAGAUGGGCCGCUACUGGAGCAAGGAGGAGAGGAAGCAGCACCUGGUGCGCGCCAAGGAGCAGCGCCGGCGGCGCGAGUUCAUGCUGCGCAGCCGCCUGGAGUGUCUCCGCGAGAGCCCGCAGAGCGGCGGCGAGGCCCGCAGGGAGGUGAGCAUCCUCGAGCUGAGCCACAAGAAGAUGAUGAAGAAGCGCAACCGCAAGAUCCUGGACAACUGGAUGACCAUCCAGGAACUCAUGACGCACGGCGCCAAGUCGCCCGACGGCACCAGGGCGCACAACGCCUUCCUGUCGGUCACCACCGUAUGA